AUGGGUGUGAUGGAUCGUCAGUCGCGAAGCAGAGUGAAGCAUGCUACCGAUGUGACAGACCGACCACAAUUAGGCCGUGCCACUAAAAGCUCAUCUUCCAUGGACAAUCAUUCCUAUUCGAAUCACGGCCAGACUUUUCGAGAUGUGGAGUUUCGAACAGGUACACCAGAGUCCAUACCUGAAACCAGUGGGGUCUAUAAUUUUAAACAACCAGCUUCUUCGCCGACAUCUCCUCGAACUGCUCGUACCCAAAGUCCAAAGAACAGAUCCUCCGACUCACUAACACAAUCCUUUCUGAAAUCGGCUCGCCUUCCGGGCACAAAACCUUCUGAUCGCCGGCCUCGCACAAGAACGCUGGAAAACACCCGUGAGCGAUCACCAACGCUUCUCUUGCCGCGCACUCGCCCCCGAAUCGGAUCUGUGAACUCGGCCAGCUCAUCCACGCACCGCCACGUGUUGGAAGAGAGAGUCGCUUCCCUGAACAUUGGAUCUGCAGUUACCUCGCCCUUGCUGGAACCUCAUGUCGCUGACCCCAUCCGGCAUCGCCAUUUCAGAGGCUCGCCUCGACUGGUGACCCCAGUCAUGGGCUCUUCAACCCAGGACGCAUCUCUGCCAUCGCCUGUAUUUACCUCAAACGCGAACAGGAUAUUUCAGUUGAUGAAGGCAAAUCGUGGCGUGGUGCAUGGCACGGUGGGGUUCAGAUCCAAUAGGACGGGCUCCUGGGCCUGGGGCUACUGUUACAUUAAUGAGGAAACUGGUAGCCUCAUUCAUAGCGCACGGAAGGAUGCAGGGAACGUGAUACUCGUUCCUGAUCUUCGCGGUUGCCAGGUUAAGAGCUCCUUUGAUCACGAACGCCAAACUACAUGUCUUGAUAUCGUAUCUUACUCCCACGGUGUCAACGUACAAUUGCGCAUUGAUGACCCUGAGGAAUUCGACAAUUGGUUGGCCGGGCUGCUAUGCUGGCUGCCAGUGGGCUCAAAGGGUGUACAGUGCAAGAUGACCAAAGUUCCAUCGCCGAGCCUUGAAAAUAGUCGCCGGAGCUCAAGUGCGUCUCUCGUCAAGAAUGCAGCGAUCAUCAAGGUGGGAAAGAUGAUGUUUUGGGAAAGCUUUGGCCAAGCAAAGUUUCCUUACACACCAUCAGCCGCGAGAAGUCCUUCAAUCUAUGGUCAUUUGGGACGUAAAUCUGGCACCUGGAAGAAAGUCUCUUGUAUUUUGCAAGAAAAUGGCGAGCUCAAGCUUUAUUCAGACUUUGAAAUGUCUCUCAUUUCCUCGGUACAGCUCCCCCAAAUCUCGAGAUGUGCGAUACGGCACCUCAAUCCGUCAGUCCUUGGAGAAGAGUUCUGCAUUGCCAUCUAUCCACGAUAUACUUCGACUUCAACCUCGCUAUCCCUGGUACGGCCUGUUUACCUGGCACUGGAGAACCGCAUAUUAUUCGAGGCGUGGUAUGUUUUGCUCAGAGCAUUCACCAUUCCUGAGCUCUAUGGCCCAGAUCAAAUAACACCGGAUGAAGAGGCAAGUAGCAGAGAAGCGAGAGCGGCUGCAUCCACAGGGUCCAGGGCCGAUUUAUUUCGCAUUGAACGUUCGAUAUCACUAUGUAUUAUCGAGGCGAAGCUGCAUCAGCCUAAAAACCAGGUUCCGGGUGGAAGAAAGAAUAAUCAAUCGGAAGGUGGAUCUGCUCCAGCAAAUUACUUUGCGGAGGUCAUCUUGGAUGACGAGAUGGCGGCAAAGACAUCGUCCAAAACCAGCAAAGAGAAUCCGUUUUGGCGAGAAGAGUUUGUCUUUGACGAGGUGCCAGCUUCUUCAUCAUGUGUUUCCGUGGUAUUAAAAAAAAGUCCUGCAUAUGAUCCUCAGGAGACAAAUGGAGGGAAGCCUUCUCCUUUUGCGAAUGAAGACUUUGACUUUUUUGAUUUCCCUGGCUAUCUCGGCGGUCAUACUACCGACGUCGUCUGCGGAAAAGUAAAUGUCUAUCUUGAUGAAUUUGACCGACGAAAGCAGACGGAGAAGUGGUGCUCGGUCAUUGAUCAUGCUGGAGAGACUAUUGGGCAGAUGCUGAUCAGAGUCAAAACCGAGGAGUUGGUGAUUCUCAUGGCGAAAGAAUACCAGCCCAUGUCGGAAAUCUUGCACCGAUUUUCCAAUGGUCUUACCCAGGAGAUGGCUCGGGCGAUACAGCCUGAACUUCGAUCUCUCUCCGAGAUUCUAGUUGACAUCUUUCAGGUGUCUGGACAAGUUACAGACUGGUUGAUGCGAUUGGCAGAAGACGAGAUUGAUGGCAUUGAUCGGGAUACACCACAUCGAUUUCGAUUCAGCAGACGAUUAGGCUCGAAUGAGACGUUUGAUUCCAAUAUCGAUCGAGAGAUGAUGUUGCGGGAUCUAGGGCGGAAUGCUACAAUUGAGGCGAACCUUCUCUUUCGAGGCAAUUCCCUGUUUACAAAGGCUCUAGACCACCACAUGAGGCGCGUCGGGAAGGAGUACUUGGAAGACACGCUGCGUGGGAAACUUCGAGAGAUUGAGACGAGUGAGCUCGACUGCGAAGUUGAUCCAAAUCGAUUAGAGUCAAAGCACGAUCUGGAGAAGAAUUGGCGGAACCUAAUAGGCUUUACCAAGGCUAUAUGGGAUAGUAUUGCAAAUUCCGCAUCAAGCUGUCCCGCAGAGCUGCGGAUGAUUCUACGACACAUUCGUGCGUGCGCGGAAGAUCGUUUUGGCGGGUUUCAGCGGUCGGUUCUCUAUAGCAGCGUGUCUGGCUUUUUGUUCUUGCGGUUCUUUUGUCCAGCGGUGCUCAACCCCAAAUUAUUUGGGCUCUUGGAUGAACAUCCCCGACCCAAGGCUCAGAGAGCACUGACCCUCAUUGCCAAAUCGCUUCAAGGUCUCGCAAACAUGCGAGCAUUUGGCACAAAGGAGACUUGGAUGGAACCCAUGAAUAGCUUCCUCACUUCAAACAGACAAGCCUUCAAGGACUUUAUCGACGCCAUUUGCUACGUUUCAUUUGAUCCUCGAUCAUCUUCUGCCGCUGUAACGCCAUCUUAUAGUACCCCUAUUACCAUUAUUUCCCGACUUCCUCAAACCUCCCGCGAGGGGACGCUUUCACUACCGUACCUCAUUGACCAGUCACGCACAUUUGCAGCAUUAGUCACCCUGUGGCUCGAUGCUACUUUUACCUCUUCUUCAUCCUCGAAUUCUACAUUUUCGCCAUCUUCGUCCGCCACAUCAAGUAGUACGCUUGUCGCAACAGGAAUAGCCGAAGACGGCGAGCAAGACCCGUCCGAUCCACAACAGUCGCAACCUUCCAAUGCACCACGCUUUGCAAGCCCAAAUCUGGAAGCUUUCCACAAUAUUUGCGUUAAACUUGAUCAGCACAAGAAAGACGUGCUCGCCAAAGCCGAGCAGAUUGACCGUCCCGACAGUCGAUUGUCGUUGAAGUGGGAAGAGUUCCUUGGCCAACUCGAAGAAGCUGCAUCAGCACCUUCAUCCAUUUCCGCAUCUCGCGCUUCAUCCGUUGCCGCUGGUGCCAAUGGCAUUGGUUAUGGAAUUGCAUCGCCAGGUCCAGGAUAUACUUCGGCUGGAGGCGACAAUAAUACCUCCUCUUCCUCUUCUAACAACAACAAUGCUCCCUCGCAUAACCUAAGCAACUUGCUCCACCGGUUCCGAGAUAAACGCAGCGGUAUGGUUGUCGUUGACGACGACGGCUGGGCUCUCGAUCCCUGCGCGCUCGCGCGCUGCCAAAGCUACAGCCAAGGCGGCCACGGACAAGCUCAUCUCCAGCACGCAGGAUCAUUUUCCUCCGAUCCCUAUGGUACCGCUACUGCUGCUGCCGUUGCUGCCGCUAGCGGUGCCCGUCUCAGCCAAGAAUCUUAUCGCGACCGCUCCUCGUCAUCGUCCAUAUCCGGUGUCAGCGCCGCAGCACAUCAACGAGACGCAAUAUAUGCACACGGCACAGGUGUCGCCGCCGGAGGAGGAGGAGUAGGAGUAGGAGGAGUCUACCGCAGUGCAAGUGCCAGAGAAGCAACCGGUAUCGCAGUCAGCCAUUAUGAUACUCCUAGUGCCGGAGACGCAGGCGGUAUUGCUUCCUCGGCGCCUCCCACCACCACCACAACGACGACGACGGGAUCCUCGGGAAUGUUUCCCACGCCUCAUUCGAAUUCGUCGACUUCAAUGUCCACCAUGACCUCGAGUUCGUCGAGUAAGCCGGGAAAACUAAGUGGAUUGGUCGGUGGAUUCAGAAGAAAACAUCGCGAUAGAGAGCGGGAUCACACUCAUCACGCUCAUCAGUCUCAUACUCAUGGUCAUACCCAUGCUCAUGCGCAUUGA